AUGUUCAUGUCCGUUUUGAACCAAUAUGACUACAUCUUCGCCAUCCACACCAUCUUCUCCUUCCUCGAUGCGUGGAGCAUCGACGGUCCAGACGCCAACAACAUUGCAAACUCGUUAUCGACGUCUGUAUCCUCCCGCACCAUGAGGCGGGCUAUGGCCAUCGCCGCCGUUACCGAGUUCUCCGGCUCCGUCACCGACACCCUUCGCAACAACAUCAUCGAUCCGCACCUCUACGACGCCCAGCCGAGCGAGGUUUCGACAGUUCCCAUGCUUGUGGUGCGAAAGGGCGUCCAGUUGCGGGUCAAGUUCACUCCUGCGCAGGUUCUCAUCGCCGUCCUCUGUAUCGCCACUGGCGCGACGCUCCUCCAAGCCUUCUUCCUCCUGCCGGGCCCCUGGCUGCUCAACUGUCCGCCGACCCUGUCCCUCCCGGACGCCCUGGUAGCGUCUGCCGUGUCCGACUCGCGCCGCUCCUCGUCGGACCUCGACGCCAUCACCCUCCAGUGGCGCAACGCUGUGCUGUUCUGGGGCAUCGCCGACACGUACGCCAGCGCGCCGCACUACGACAACCGCCCCGAGUACAUGUACAGCUCGCUGCAGAUCCUCGUGACAUCGGCGGCGAACGGGGAUUAG